UCAGGUCCAGGGCUCGCGCGCUCCGCCCAGCCUGAACCCAAAUGCGUCAACUUUUGUUUGUCUGCAGGACUUUGUGUUCGGUCGGUGUGUGUGUGCGGGACGUGAGUGAAGAUGAAUGAGGAUGCGUUCGAGGUCCCGGAGAGGACCGAGUACCGCUACCUGGUGCAGGAGGAGGAGGAGGAGGAGGUGCAGUACGUCCGGCACAGACACUACAUCAACCCCCUCCUGGUGCUCUCCAGGCGCUGCAUCUUCCUCAUCUGCCUCGGCGUGCUCGCUCUGCUCUCCCUCGCCACCUACCUGGGCUACGUGGCCCAGACGCUGCCGCCGGGCCUCGCUCAGGUGUCGACGCUCUGCGGAGAGUUCAGAGGACGACACAAGAAUGGAGCCUUCUCCUUUAAGGGCAUCCCCUACGCUGCUCCGCCCGUCGGUAACCUGCGUUGGGCCCCGCCGGCCGAACCGCUGUGCAGGAGCCAGGUAACCGACGCGGGCCGCUUCCGCAGCAUGUGUCCUCAGGUGCGGCCGCUGUCUAGCGACGGGAAGGUGAUGGGCCAGGAGGACUGCCUCUUCGUCAACGUGUGGACGCCCACGCUGCAGCCUGACGCCAAGCUGCCCGUCAUGGUCUGGAUCCAUGGAGGGUACCUGCACAUGCUCAGUGGAGGAGAGCAGGACUACUCGCCCACAGAGAAGCUCGCCGCCGACACGGGAAUGGUUUACGUCAGCUUCAACUACCGACUGAACGCCUUCGGCUUCCUGGCGCUGGAGAUGCUGAGAGAAGGUUCUCCAAAAAACACCUCAGGGAACUAUGGCUUCAUGGACCAGAUUGCAGCUCUGAAGUGGGUCCAGAGGAACGUCCACGUGUUUGGAGGAGAUCCUGGGAAAGUCACCAUCUUUGGACAGAGCUCAGGUGGGACAUCCGUGUGGACCCUCAUGAUGUCUCCGCUGGCGAAGGGACUCUUCCACGCGGCGGUGGACAUGAGCGGCUCGUACGUCUACAACGCCACGCUAGAGCAGGCCGAGUCCGACAACCUGGCGUUCCUGAAGAAGACGGGCUGCACGGACCCGACCUGCCUCAGACGUCUGUCCGUCAGACAGAUCCUGCAGGCCGUCCCGUGGCAGGAGUACCCGUCCUGGGCCGCGGACGACCUGACGGACCUCCCCGUCAGAGGGCGCUUCGUCGGCCCGGUCGCGGUGGUGGACGGAUACGUCCUCGAAGCUCCGCCGUUCGAGGUGUGGGAGAAGAAAGGAGACCACAGCGACGUCCCCUUUGUCAUCGGGACGACAGAGCAGGAAGCUGACUUCAGCCCCCCGGCUGAAAACAUCUCCAUGUGGACGUGGGGGGACAGCCAGUGGUUUGUAACAGAUAAACUUCAGUCCUUCAGCGAGAGUCUCCCCAAAGAGGCGCUGGAGCUGUAUCCGAGCUCCGCCCCCUGCCCCACCACAGACCGCUGUCCAGAGAGGACCUACACCACCAUGGUGUCCGACAUCAGGGUCACCUGUCCCAACAACGACCUGGCCUGGAGGGCUGCAGCGGCUCUGACCAGUCCCGUGUAUCGAUACGUGGUGACGCACACGCCGUCGGGACCCGUCAACACGUCCGGCGACCUGCUGCCGUUCCCCAGCCGCUUCUCCUUCCACUGCCUGGACGUCGUGUCGUUCUUCGGGGGGCUGGAGUCCGUCCUGGGGAAACCUCUGUCCGACGGAGACAAGAACUUCCAGGAUCUCGUCACACGCCACCUCGUCACCUUCGCCAAAACAGGUAAGAUGGAGGAUGAAUGGCCAGAAUACCCAGCAGCCACCGCUCUCCUGUCCGACAGGCUGUCGGUGGUCCAGAACUACUCGGCGGUCCGGUGUCAGCUCUGGAAGGAGAACGGCCUGUACGCCUACGCCUGGACGAACUGAAGCUGCUCGGCUCUUCGUCGGCAGACUUUAUUUCAGCCGCAGCUUCGUCACGCCGUCGUGACGUCACGCCGCUCAGAUCCUGCAGCAGCCAUUUGAAAACACAGCGUGAGUGGAACAUCUCGUCGGUUUGAAGAUCUCUGCUUCAUUUUAUUGUUUCACACCGUCUCACUUUCCCUCCCGUGGAUCAGUCUCAUGAUGUGGCUGCUUUCAGUCCAGAACCGCGUCCAUAAUCCAGUUUUCCUUGAUCUGCUCUUUAUUCAAGAAUAGAAAAAAAAAAAACAUCAUCUGCAGUUUGUCUUCACCC